CCCCUCAACAGUUCCCGUAAUUUAGAAAAUCAUUAACUCUGCUUCAUGUAGUCUAGGUCCAAAACUGAAGGAGGAUAAUAAAGCACCUAAGGGGGUCAGAGACUACUGCACUGGAGAGGAGCUGAGGAGAGGCGUCACAUACGAGUUACAAUCCAAUUGAAAUGAGACAGAAGUGACCAUGGGGUUCACAGCACUGCAUUUGCUUCUCUGGCUCCUUGCUGCUUCCACUCCGACAGCACAAGAGAUGUUGAGUCUACAUGUGACUCCAAAGAUUUCUGCAGCGUGUGGCCAGCAGGUUACUCUAGACUGCGAGGUGUCCUCCUCUCAGCACGGGCUGUCAAUCAAACACAUGCAGUGGUAUCAAAACAACACCUCUUAUUGUUCUGUGAACAGUGAAGAAACGGUUACUAAAGAACACCAGAGCAGCUUCCGCUGUGAGUAUCAACAAGGACGACUGUCCCUCAUCUUCACAGAAGUGCAGCCGAUGGAGAGCGGGACCUUCAGGUGUAAACUUCACUCCAACAAGGGCGCCAAGGAUGGAAGUACAAUCUUGGAGUUACAAGAUGGCUGUGGGCAGGUCGAGGGUUUGAUAAAGGACGGCUAUCCCACAUGCACCUUCACGCGAGUCUACCCAGACGGAGAGGUGCACUGGUUUCACGGCUCCAAACGUCUCCAUGGUGAACACAAAACUAUCGAAGAUGUUGAAGACGGGGGUUGGCUGACUAUCCGGAGCUACAUGGAGCGGAAGAGUUCUGGAGUGUCCUACAACUGUUCCUUGUGGAGCACCAAAAUUGGGAGAUACAUCGCUUCCACUUUGGUUGAGAAGGAAGAGUUCAGUCCACGAGAGAGGCCGUUGAAUGGAACUGGAUCACAGGGACCUAUGAGGACAUCCUGGUGUUUCACAAUCUUAACUGUUUUCCUGCUGAAAUUACUUUGAGUUAAAUCACAUCACAGAGAGUGAUCAGGGUGAAUGAUCAGCACUGAUUUGGAAAACUGAGGAACAAUAAGGUACCAAGUUUCUAUUUACUUUUACUCCCAGUGAGCAGAAUCUUCUUGUAGCGUCCAAAUGUUCAUUCUCCUCCUUUAAACUCUCGCCUGAGGUUGCAGCUCCAUGUUUUCUGCAAACCCCUACAGACAGGAAAUCCGCCCCUCUUGCACAGAAUGAAGACCUCAAAUGAAGCCUUUGUGUGUAAAAAAAUCAAACAGCUGGAAACAGGAAGUGUCAGUCAUGCAACGACUGUGUGUGGUGUGUGUGU